UUGGCACUUUUCCAACUUGCACCCCGGAGUCAAGUAUUUUUCGACUGUUCAAGCAGUUAACAAUGUUGGUCUUCAAACAACAUUAUUCUCUUCCGGCAUUCUUAUUGAUGAUACUUCUCCAUCAGUCGGUAUUGUGUAUAAUACGGCUUUCUUCCAAAAUAGUCCUUGGCAAACAGUUUUGACUUCAUUAACAGCAUCUUGGGAAGGUUUUACAGAUCACGAGUCCUUCAUAAGUAGCUACUUUGUGGCUUUGGUAGAUUCUGAUGGUAAUAUUAUCAAAAACUUCGAGAAUGUAGGAAUCCGGAAUAAACACACCUUUUCAAAUCUCACUCUAAAUAUGCAUAAACAAUACACCUUUCUUGUGAAAGCACAAAAUUCUGUUGGUCUUAGAAGCAACGCAGCUCGAUCUCAACACAUAUCAUUCGAUGGGUCAAAGCCAAAAGGAAUGAAAUGCCAACACUACAGUCAAAUUAUAUACAAUUCAACAGUUUCGUCGAUUGCCAAAGAAAACUUUGUAUCAGGACAACUUAAUGUCACAAAGGGCCACUACAGAUUUAACGUUCAGGUACAUACGCUUCACAAAUUUCGUCAUGAUUCAAUACACAUUUUUAUUGAAGACACUAGCCAUGAAAUUCCAACGGAUGAUUUAGAAAAUGGAUUCCAUUAUCUGUCUUCAACUGAAAAAACCGUCAAUGUAUAUGUAGAUAUCACAACACUAAGAAUGAUGAACGAUAAUUUUACGAUUCGUGUGACUGGACAGAAAUGUUUGAGACUUGAAGAAGCAAAUGACAAAGUCAUUUCCUUUCGCCAAAUUUCCCCAAAUCACGUGUUAAUUUCUGCUUUUAUUGUGGACGAAGAAAGUGAUAUAACAUCUGUGGAUGUGUUAGUUGGAACCAUUAAAAAUGCCCAGCAGAUAGCACACUUUUCCAUGAAUACUGGAACAUUUGUCAGGACAAUCCACAUUUUACAACAACAAACAACACCAAUAAUUGUUUCCGUUUACGCCAAAAAUGGUGCUGGUUUGCUAGAAAACUUUUAUGCUUUACCCAUUGCAUUAGAUCACACAGCACCCAUGAUAGUUAUUACAGACGUUUUUGUUUCAUAUGAAACAGAUGAUACUGAAGUAAAAUCCAUUUUUACAAUACGAUGGAAUGUAGAGGAGGAACAAAGUGACAUACGGGAAUGCUCUUGUGCUUUGGGCAACAUUAUGGGUUCAGACACAAUUUUAUCAUGGUUCAAAUCAGAAAAUACAACAGAAUGCACAACAAGCAAGAGACUUAGACAUGGCACAAAAGUGUUCGCUUCCGUGAAAUGCGUCAAUACGAUUGGAUUAAUUUCUGAGGUCAAUAAUAAAAAUGUCACUAUUGUGGCAUACGAAGCGCCAAUCACCACUCAGUCGGAAGUGAAUUUUGCUGUUAACAGCUUUAAGAUGAAGACACUGGAACAUAUCCAACAUUCCACUAGUUCACUUCAUUUUAACUGGUUGAGCUUUCAGGAUAUUACAGGGUUCAUUAAUUAUAACUUUUGCAUAAAAUCUGAUGAAAAUAUAGUGUUAAAUUCUACAAAUAUUGGAAAGCAUAAUUAUGUUUCAAUUGAUGAUCUUGAUCUUCAGUAUAACGGUACCUAUACAGCUAACGUGUACGCAGUCAAUUCUGGUGGGAAAAUGAGUGACUCAAUAAAUGGAAGUAUAAAAGUACUUGAUAUUGCUCCAAUCCAAACAGGAAAGAGAUGCAAAAUUUCGAUGGGCAAGGGAAAGUUGAAUGUUACGUGGAAUGGAGUGUUCCAAUUAGACUCCAGGAUAGACUAUAGUUAUACAGUGUUCAUUGGAUCUCAAGUUGGUUAUGCAGAUAUUGUGAGAAAUAUGAAUACAAAAGAUGACUCUGUUAUUGUUCAAACAAACAUGGACAUACGAGAUGUAUUUAUUGUCAUUACAGCUGAAUAUGCCACGCAUUUUCAGUCGACUUACAGGGAGCACAUGCAGGUCCCAUAGACAGUUUUAUUGUUCUUAG